AUGUUUAUCUCUACUCUGGCCUUCAUCCCAUUUGCAUUAGCUGCAUCCAACUGGACCGUGUACACCUCCAAUGGGCCCAUUACUGGCCAUACAACCGGCGAUGUCGUCGAGUACUUGGGCAUUCCAUAUGCAGAGCCACCUUUGGGAUCUCUCCGCUUCAUGCCACCACAGAAGCUGACCAGAAGAAGGCCUGACUGCCCCCGUCUGAGCUCUCGCACAUUCAAUUAUACAUACCUCACGGCCCAAGCACCAGCUAUCCUCGCUGCCUUUACAGGAGAAACCGGAUCUCUGCAGAGCGAAGACUGCCUAACCCUCAACAUCUGGUCCAAGCCAGCCCGAAGCCGCGACAAGCCCGUCUUCGUCUUUUUCUACGGUGGCCGAUUCGCCGGCGGCAAUACAGACACCCCUUUCUGGAACGGCCGCCACUUCGCCGCCGCCGAAGACAUCAUCGUCGUCACCGUAAACUACCGCACAAACAUCCUCGGUUUCCCUGGCUCUUGCACUCCAGGAUCAUCUGGGUGUGUCCAGAACCUUGGCCUCCGCGACCAGCGCCUCGCAGUCGAAUGGAUCCGCGACAACAUCGCCGCUUUUGGAGGAGAUGCACAGAAAAUAAUCAUCGCGGGACAGUCGGCCGGUGCUGUUUCUGUGGACUACUGGGCAUAUGCAUACAAACAGGACCCGAUCGUUGCGGGUCUGAUUAUGCAGUCUGGGACUGCAUUGAGUUUCCCGCUGAACUCGCCGGAACAUACCACGGCGGCGUGGAGGUCUGUUGUCCGGGCCGUUGGAUGUGACGGCAGUGACGAGAUCUACUGUAUGCAGCAGAAGGACUGGGAAGAUAUCCGGACUGCCGCUGCUGAGGUUAAACCUGAUAACAAUACCAAUACCAAUCCGCUGCGAUCAACACCAGCAUUCUACCCCGCUGUCGACAACGAGACGGUCUUCGCUGAUUACCCUGCAUUAAACAAGAAAGGCCUAUUCGCGAAACUGCCCAUCCUGAUCGGCCACAACGACAAAGAAGAAGGCUACUACGCACUCUCAUCUCUAUCAAACGGAAUAAAUGCCCUCCCAACAGAAACCCAAUUAACCGACUUCCACCUCGCCUCAUUCACCUGCCCGAUAGCAGCGCAAGCCAACGCUCGCACCGCACAUAACGUCCCCGUGUGGCAAUACCGCUACUUCGCAAACUGGACCAACGCGCAGCUCUAUACCAGUACUAACAAUAACAGUAACGAUAGUAGCGUGUUGGCCGCCCUCAGAGGCGCAUACCACGGCAGCGAGCUAUUCAUGCUCUUUGGGACGUCGGGCGACGUUACUGGCCUAGAGCCUUCGGAGGCGGAGAAGCAGAUGACGCAGACAAUACAGCGUGCUUGGGCUGUUUUCUGCGAUCGGCCCCGCGAUGGGCUUUCUCGGGAGAUGCAGUGGCGAAUGUUCAGUCGGGGGGAGUUGGUCAGAUUGGGGUAUAGGGAUAGUCCCACGCCGGACUUUGUGAGGGCGGAUUUAUAUGGGGUUUGUGGUUAA